AUGGCGGACAGAUCAACAGGCUUCGUCAGUUCUGAAAAGCAAGUCGAUACCGGCCACCAACGCUCUUCUCUGGCCUCCAUCGCAGGCGGUUUUGAGGCAGCAGAUGUUCUCGGCCGUCCUGUCAACAACGACAAGGGUUUGAACCCGCAUGGUAACAGCACAACCUUCGCUUCUGCUGGCCUGGAUGCUUACUACAAGCCUCAGCCACACUGGGAAGGUCUCCACCGGUAUGACCCCGACUUCACGUGGGAGCCAGCGGACGAGAAGCGUUUGGUCCGAAAGCUCGACUGGAAGAUAUGUACAUUCGCUUGCGCCAUGUUCUUUGCCCUCCAGCUCGAUCGAGGCAAUAUUACUCAGGCAUUGUCGGACAAUAUGCUGAAAGAUCUCCACAUGACCACCAACCAAUACAACAACGGCAUGACCAUAUUUUAUUGCUCAUUCUUGGUCGCCGAAUUGCCGUCUCAGAUGAUUUCGAAGCGCCUAGGCCCCGACCGAUGGAUGCCCGUCCAGAUGGUGUCAUGGAGUCUCGUGGCCAGUUUCCAGGCGUUCAUUCGAGGCAAGACCGGUUUCUAUAUCUGCCGUAUGGUCCUCGGCUUGAUCGAAGGUGGCUUCAUCCCGGACACCAUCUUGUACUUGAGCUACUACUACACCAGCACUGAGCUUCCAAGGCGUCUCAGCUUCUUCUGGGUCGCAUACCAGUCGACGCAAAUCAUCUCCGCAUUCCUAGCAUACGGUAUACUGCAUCUCCGAGGCUAUCGUGGACUUCCAGGGUGGGCCUGGCUGUUUGCACUCGAAGGCCUCCUCACGGGCCUGAUCGGUGUGCUCGCAUGGUUCUACCUGCCAUCAUCGCCGUACACCACAGCUUCAUGGUUCCGCGGGAGGAACGGCUGGUUCUCAGAGCGCGAAGAAAAGAUCAUCGCCAACCGUGUGCUUCGUGAUGACCCAUCGAAGGGCGACAUGCACAAUCGACAAGCGCUUUCGUUGACCAUGCUCUGGGAUUGUCUGAGUGACUAUCAUAUGUGGUCGAUCUACCUCCUUGGCUUGUCAUGGACCAUACCGAACACGCCCGCUACCCAGUACAUCUCGCUGAACCUCAAGGCGAUCGGCUUCGGCACUUUCGAGACCAACCUGUUGACAAUCCCAGCCUAUGUGCUCUUCAUCCUGCAGCUACUUUUCUGGAUGUGGAUCAGUGAGAAGUAUAAUCAGCGCUUCCUACUAGGUGUCAUCGGACAACUCUGGACAUUGCCACUUCUAAUCGCGCUCGAGACCAUACCCUCAAAUACCUCGCAUUGGGCCAAGUGGGCUAUCGCGACAAUGGUUGUUGGCUAUCCGUACAUCCACGCAAUCCUCGUCGCCAUCACUAGCAGAAAUGCUGGAAGUGUUCGCACUCGUACCGUAGCCUCGGCGCUCUACAACAUCUCGGUCCAAGCAUCGAACAUCUUCUCAACCCAGAUCUACCGCACCAAAGACGCCCCAAUGUACAGGACAGGUAACAAGGCCUUGAUCGUUGUCUGUGCCUACAACGUCGUGCUACUAAUCGGCAUCAAAUUGUUCUAUGUCAACGUCAAUGCUCAACGAGACAAGAUCUGGAAUAGCAUGACCUUCGAAGAGCGUGAAGAGUACUUGGCCACGACGAAGGAUCAAGGUAACAAGCGGCUCGACUUCCGAUUCGCCCACUAG